AUGGCUCCCCGGCCUUGGCCCCUGCUGCUGGCCGGGGCAGUGGCCUGGAACUUGUCGGCACCCCGCGAGCACGAGGACUUUUACGCUUUCCUGCUUCACAUCACAGAGGGCCAGCCAGAGCUGCGCCAGUUCCUUGUGAGGAAGAUGCUCCUUCAUCUCACCACCCCGGCUUGGGCGGGCGCCCAGUGUCCGGCUCCGAAUCGCGCUUCGAGACGUGGCGACGGCGGGCCGGCCGAGGCCUUGGAGAUCGUGAGCCUCAUUGCCACGCCAGUCGAGGCCUUCUCCUGGCGAGCCAUGGUCCGGAUGACCUUAGAGGAGCUUGCAACGGGUGUCACGGCGGGAUGCCCCGUGGCUGUUCACCCCCGCUUCGCGGUGGGCCGGCCGCCAGCCUGGCAGCACAAGCAGCUCGAGCACGAGGCCGAGGCUUUCGGGGAUCUGGCGCUGCUGAAUAUGACUGACAGCUUCAUCACAGCUGGCUCCUGGGUUCGGACUUAG